CUCCAUUUAGUGGUAUUGGGUCAUGUUGACGCGGGCAAGUCAUCUCUCAUGGGCCGCUUAUUGCACGAGCUGGGGCUGGUUUCGGCGCGCGACGCGCACAAGUACCAGCGAGACGCCGCGGCAGCGGGCAAGGGCUCAUUUGCCUGGGCCUGGGUGCUGGACGAGCGGCCGGAGGAGCGGGAGCGCGGUGUGACUGUGGAUGUGGCCAUGACGCGAUUCACCACAAGGAGGUUCUCCGUGACUUUGCUGGACGCCCCUGGCCACCGUGACUUUGUGCCCAACAUGAUUGCGGGAGCUGCACAGGCUGAUGCAGCGCUCCUCCUCGUGGAUGGCUCACCUGGAGGCUUCGAAGCGGGCUUCAGUGAGGGCACUGGCGGGCUGCACGGCACUCCGGGGGGCCAGACCCGCGAGCACGCCGCUCUGGCACGUAGCUUGGGGAUAGAGCAGAUGGCCAUUGUGGUCAGCAAGCUCGACACCGUGGGGUACGACAAGGCCCGCUUCGACGCCAUUCGCACAAUGCUGUUGCCGUACCUCAAGUCCGUGGGGUUUAAGGAGUCGUCGCUGCAGUGGCUGCCCGCAUCGGGGCCCCUGGGGGAGAACCUCGUGGGUCCCCCGCAGGACCCUGCACUGGCUGCCUGGUGGAGCUCCGGGCUGAGUGUGGUAGCGGCCAUCGACAACUUCAUCCCCCGGGAGAGAGCGACAUCACGACCGCUGAGAAUGCCCAUCACUGACGUCUUCAAGAGUGCGGUGGUGCUUGGCGGCAAGGUGGAGGGGGGGGCACUGCGGCCCGGUAGCAAGGUGGUUCUGGUGCCGGGACCAGGCCAGCCAUUUACCGUCAGAAGCCUCGAGGUCAGCGGGUCUCCCUCUCACCUAGCUCGCGCGAGCGACAGCUGCGAGGUUGCGCUGGUGGGGGGCCAUCACCACGGGGCGGGGGGAGGAGGUGGAGGCGGAGGCGCUUUCGACCCCGCCUCCGUGGCUCCGGGGGCGGUGCUGUGCCACCCAGACUUCCCCGCCGUGCUUGUAACCCGGUUUGAACUGCGAGUGGUGGUUCUCGACACGCCUGUUCCCCUGCUGCGUGGCCACGUGGUGACAUUGCACGCACAUGCCGCCCGGGAGGAGGGUCACAUCACCGCCCUGACCGCCACUUUGGAUCCGCGAACCGGCGAGGUGGUCAAGUCCCGUCCCCGCUGCCUGACUAAGGGCCAGAUAGCGCUGCUGGAGGUGACUGCGGCUCGCGGUUUGGUGCUGGAGGAGUACUCGGAGUAUCGAGCUCUCGGGCGAGUGGCGCUGCGGGAGGGAGGCCGUACACUGGCAGUGGGCAUUGUGACACGGCUGCUGCAGUGA